CCGUGGCCGAUCACAGUCGGGUCCCUCGGCGGCAGGCGGCGGCGACGUCUGCGUUUCCCUCCCGGCGUCUGUGCGCCCCCGGGUCUGUAGAGGAUGCCAAAUGAGGGAAUCUCCCAACUGAGCCAAACCCAAGAGCAAGACCACUUUCAAGGUCAAUAUGUCAGUGAGCAUGAAGAAAUGACAAUCAAGCAAGAAAAUGAUGACGCAGAGAUGGAGGAGAGUCUUCCCUCGUGUUCCUCUGCUAACAGGCCAUCCACUUCCACGGAAGGGUGUCCGUCAGAGGUUCCCAAGAAAGGGCUGGCCCGGCUACACAUUGACAGAAGUCAGAUCCAGACAGUGGAGCUGAGUGCACAAGCCCUUGAACUUCAGGGCUUGGGCGUGGAUGUCUAUGACCAGGACGUGCUGGAGCAAGGUGUGCUUCAGCAGGUGGAUAGCGCAAUCCAUGAGGCCAGCCGGGUGGCCCAGCUCGCCGAUGCAGAGAAGGAAUAUCGUUCAGUCCUGGAUGACCUCACGUCAUGUACAACAUCCCUAAGGCAAAUCAAUAAAAUUAUCGAACAACUUAGUCCUCAAGCUGCCACCAACAGAGACAUCAACAGGAAACUAGAUUCUGUAAAACGACAGAAGUAUAAUAAGGAACAACAACUAAAGAAGAUAACAGCAAAACAAAAACGACUCCAGGCCAUCCUUGGAGGAGCAGAGGUAAACAUUGAAAUAGAUCAUGCCAGUCUGGAGGAGGAGGAUGCAGAGCCAGGCCCGUCCUGUCUUGGCAGCAUGCUCAUGCCUAUUCAGGAGACCGCUUGGGAGGAGCUCAUCCGCACUGGCCAGAUGACGCCUUUUGGUACUAAGAUCCCUCAGAAACAAGAGAAAAAGCCUAGAAAACUAAUGCUCAACGAAGCAUCAGGCUUUGAAAAGUACUUGGCAGAUCAAGCAAAACUGUCUUUUGAAAGGAAGAAGCAAGCCUGUACUAAAAGAACAGCUACAAAAGCUCAGGCCUCUGUCACUUCAGAGCUGAGUUCAACAUUCAGUGAAAACAAGCCAAACAAGAGAAGCCAAGUUCUCUCGAAGACAGACAAACGGUUGAAAAAGCACAUCAAGAAACUCCAGAAGAGGGCUUUGCAGUUCCAGGGGCAAAUGGGAUUGCUAAGGGGAAAGAAACCACUGGAGUCUGAGGUGAGGCCAGAGGCAGAGGAAGACUCCCAGGGUGAGGAGUCCGAGUACGUGCCCUCAGAGGAGGAGCCAGAGGAGGCAGCGGGCGCUGAGCUGUCCGGAGAGGGCACCGACUAUGAACUGAAGCCCUUGCACAAGCACCGGAAACGGCAGAAGAAGGUUGCAGUGCAGGAGAUUGAUGAUGACUUUUUUCCAAGUUCUGAGGAAGAAUCUGAAGCUGCAGGAGGAAGCGGAGGUCGGAAAGUAUUGAGAUGCCGAGACGACGGAGAUGAAGAUUAUUAUAAACAGCGGUUAAGGAGAUGGAAUAAACUGAGAAUGCGGGACAAAGAGAAGUGUCUGAAGCUUGAAGACGAUUCAGAGGAAAGCGAUGCUGAAUUUGAUGAAGGUACCAGCAGACAGGUGUUAGGUGGCUGUGGGAAUUGCACUGCCAGCAGGCAGGAGGAAUUCUGGGAGACGAAAUGGGAUUGGGCAAGACCAUCCAGAUAAUUGCCUUCUUGGCAGGUCUGAGCUACAGCAAGAUCAGGACUCGUGGUUCA